AUGUUGGGGAUCAUAGCUCAAAGAAAAUGUGAAGCUUUGUUAAACCAGAGACAAAGUAUUCAAACAAUUAUAAACAACCAAUCAGAUAUUGAGAAAAGGGAAUAUCGAACUCGUUUGAAUGCAUCACUGGAUUGUAUUUGUUUUCUACAACGGCAAGGAUUAGCAUUUCAUGGCCAUGAUGAAUUUAAAGACUCCAAUAAUCAAGGAAAUUUUCUUGAAUUAUUAUGGUUUCUUGCAAAGCACAAUGAAGAAAUUAAUAAGGCAAUCCUCGAAAAUGCUCCUGAAAAUCAUCAAAUGACCUCUCCUGAUAUCCAAAAAGAAAUAGCAAAUGUUGCAGCCAUUGAGACAAUAAAUGCUAUUAUUAAAGAUAUUGGAGACUCAUUAUUUGCUAUUAUAGUCGAUGAAUCAUGUGAUAUGUCUACUAAAGAACAAUUGGCAAUUGCUUUGCAUUGUGUAGACAAAUUGGGACAUGUGAAUGAGCACUUUUUAGGCAUUACACAUGUUAAUAAUACAACAGCAGUGACACUAAAGAGUGCAAUUAAGGAAAUAUUUAAUAAACAUAGCUUAAGCAUUAGUAGAUUACGGGGACAAGGCUACAACAGGGCAAGCAACAUGCAAGAAGAUGGUUUAGAUUCUAAUCAGAGGACAGAAGCAAAUAUCUUAAUUGGUUUACUCCAAACAUUUGAAUUCGUGUUUAGUUUACAUUUGAUGAAAGGUGUGCUUAGCACAAGUAAUGAAUUGUCACAGACAUUACAACGAAAAGAUCAAGAUAUUGUGAAUGCUCUGAAGUUGGUUGAUAUUUCAAAGCAACGUUUACAGGUCAUGAGAGAUGAUGGGUGGAACUCUUUGCUAGAGGAGGUUUUUGCAUUUUGUGCAAAAAAUAAUAUUGAUGUCUCUAAUAUGGAUGAUUUAUAUCAACCUUGGCCAUGA